CCAGUCCUGGGGAAACCACGGAAUCCCGGGAUGAUCUGCCUGGCUGCGGUGCCCCGGGCUCUGCUGAGCCAGGCGGAGGGGCCGGGGAGGGAACCCCGGCGGGGUUCGGGAGCGCUGGGAGCGGGCACAGGAGCCAUCCCGGCCCUUCCGCUGGCGGCAGGAAGCAGGAAGGGAGCGGGCAGGGCCGGGUCUCUCCCGCCCCCGUGGCUGUGGACAUGGUGGUCCUGCGGGCUGGGCUCUGCCCUGGUCUUACCGAAGAGAUGAUCCAGCUGCUCAGGGCCAAUGGCAUCAGGACGGUGGUGGACUUUGUGUCAUCAGACCUGGAGGAUGUUGCCCAGAAGUGUUCCCUGUCUUACAAGGCGCUGGUCGCAGUGAGACGUGUGCUCCUGGCGCAGUUCUCUGCCUUCCCUGCCAACGGAGCAGACCUGUACGAGGAGCUCAAGAGCUCCACAGCCAUCCUGCCCACUGGGAGCCCAAGCCUGGACCAGCUGCUGGACUCUGGGCUGUACACGGGGGAAGUGACGGAGCUCAUGGGAGCACCGGGCAGUGGGAAGACACAGGUGUGCCUGGGCAUUGCAGCCAGUGUGUCUCUCAGCCUCAAGCAGCACGUCGUGUUUCUCGACUCCACGGGGGGUUUCACUGCCUCCCGUCUCUACCAGAUGCUGCAAGCCCAGACAGAGGAUGAGGAAGAGCAGCUGGAGGCUCUGCAGCGGAUCCAGGUGGUCCGUGUGUUCGACGUCUAUGAACUGCUGAGCGCCUUGCAGGAGCUGCGGGAUCGCCUCUCCCAGCAGGUCGUGAGCUCCACGGGGCCUCUCAAGAUCGUGGUGAUCGACUCGGUGUCAGCUGUGAUUUACCCACUGCUGGGUGGCAGGCAGUCAGAGGGUUUGGCCAUCAUGAUGCAGCUGUCUCGGGAGCUGAAGACACUGGCCAGGGAGUUCAGCCUUGCUGUUGUGGUGACCAACCAGGUGACAAGGGACAGCAGCACUGGCUCACUGAAGCCAGCCCUUGGCCGCUCCUGGAGUUUCGUGCCCAGCACUCGGGUGCUGCUGGAGAGCAAAGAAGGCGGCGGGGACAAAGGCCCGACACAGCGAGUGGCUGUCCUGGCAAAGUCACCCCGCCAGCCAACAGGGUUACAGGUGGAGCUGGACAUUGGAAAUGGUGAUAUGCCAGAGCCGAGCCCUGUGACACCCACACAGGGGCUCUGAUGUGAUGGAAAAGCAAAUGUCAAGGUCCAAGAGAGCUGCACAAAAGCAGGCAAGCACACUGAGGGUUUUGCAGACUGACUCUGAGGGUCCUACAGCCGUGGACCAACGGGAAGAACCUCUUGUUCUUCUGCCUUGGGGGAGAAACUGAGCGUGGGGUUCCCCAGAGACCUCCGUGCUCAGCAGGUGCUGCCUGCAGUGGCUGUGCUGUGUGGGCAGCACAACAGCAAGCUCCUGUCCUCUACUGCAGGCUUGUCUUCACCCUGUCCUCAGGUGUUGGCUGGGGACCAGCUGGCUUGUUCCUGCACAAGCCCACAGCUCCCUGUGGUGGGUUUGUUUCCCCCCAUGACUCGCUGCCCUCUGGGCCUGGAGCUCUGAUUGUCCUUGGGCAGCUCACAGUGGUCUUGGUUCAGAAAUAAAAGGAAAAAGCUGUUGCACACUGUGGUCGUUGAGAGCUGGAAUUCAAUUAGAGGUGACUGCUGAGAACUUAAUUAAAAUGUGGAGGGUUAGUCCCCAGCAGGACUGGGUUGGGAUAGGCUGGAGUGGGACAGACUGGGAUGGGAAAGGCUGCUGGUGAGCAGGGACAUAAUCGAGUGCUUGCUCUGACCUUCUCCCCAGAGUAACACCAGGCCUUGUGGGGAGCUGCUGAUGUGUUUGGGGCAGUGCUGUGCUGCAUAAAGACUUGCUGAUAAGUGAUGGAAGUUCUGAUCUGGAUGAGCUGGGACUGAUGAGCUCUGGCUGACACCAGCUGGCCCUGCCUGAUGCUCAAGGACCUAUUCAGUUGCAUGUGGUGAUGUUUGAAAUAAUCUCUCCUUUCUCCAACUGCUCUUGCUUGCUCUGGGCAACGUCCUGGGCACUUGUGUGGUGCUGGGGAGGAGACAGGAGGCUGGGAUGUGAUCCCAGAUGUCUCAGACACCCUCAUCCUCUGCAUAAUAAGAGACCUCCCUAGUAGGUGAGCUGAGACAUGGUUGUACUUCAAGGCUGCUGAUGUUGAAUUUGGGGGCUGGGACUAAUGCAAGGCAUGUUCAUUAAACUAAUAACACAGCAGCACAGCUCCUGGAGCCUUCUAGUGCUGCACUGGACAAAGAGGAGUUUGAUUUAGCCAGAAUUUGGGUGUUAAUUUCUCCAGAGUAGGCAUUGUGCUCUUGAGCAAAUAGCUGCUGUGGGGAAGGGGCAGUUUACAGGGAUAUGUGAACACACAUUUUGGUUUCCCAAGAGGCAGCACCAGGUCUCAGCAUGGAUUUUUGUUUGAAACAUCUGUCAGAGUUGUGUUUUCUGUGAAACUCAGCUCUUGGUGCUCCCAGGGCUGUGGUUUAGGGGGCAGGCCCCACCUCCUCCAUCGUGGCCACCCAGCCACUGCAGCUCCGUGUGCGUGGCCGUGGGAAAGGCCACGAUCCCAGCAGGUCCUGCUGAGGAGGGGAACGUGCCAAAGCAACAUGAGCUGAGCCAUUAAAUACAUAAUUUUUACUGAAAACUUUUUUAAAGUUGUGCAUUUAUUUGUGUUUCUGGGCUUUCCAAGCUCAGGAGGGGAGGUUGGCCCCAGGGAUUGCAGCUGCUGGCUGGAGGAUGGUUUUUCUGUGCUGAUGAGGCUGGUCCUUACAAGCAGAAAUUUAGCUUGGUGCAUCUCUUGGAGCUGUGAAU